UUCACUUGAAAUUAAAAUUGAAGAAUGACAAUCUUGCUUCUCUCUCUCUCAAUUAUCAAGCAAGCCCCGUCAACAAAGACCUCGCCAACUGCUCUUUGUCUGUUUACACUUGGUUUCAACGAUUCCUUUAGAGAAGAAAUGCCAAGUAACUGUGAGAAGAAGAUGACAGUCAUCUCCUCAGCCACUAACGAAUGGCUACAGGCUCAUUCUCCUCUCUCACUCUCUAGUCAGAUUGAUGAGAAAACCAUGAUGGCUUCACCAGGUAUGGCUAUGGAAAAACAAACCCAAGAGCAACAACAACCACCCCUCAAAUGUCCUCGCUGCGAUUCAUCAAACACCAAGUUCUGUUACUUCAACAACUACAGUUUGUCUCAGCCAAGACACUUUUGCAAGGCUUGUAAACGUUACUGGACUAGAGGUGGAACCCUAAGAAACGUUCCAGUUGGUGGUGGUUGUAGAAAGAACAAGAAGGUCAGGAGAGCCGCCAUUGAUGCACCUUCAAGUUCAACAUCAGCUUGUACUGCAACUUCAAACCCUAGUGUUCUUCAAACCCAGAUGGAUCUAUCUUCUUCAACUUCAAACCAUAUAAAUCCUUUGUUUUAUAGCUUACCCUCUAGUCUUUCUGAGCUAAAUCUUCCAUAUUCUAGGUUCAAUUCUAGGGUUUCCAACGCUGAUACAGUCUCGGGGUACGAUCUUCAACCUCAGUUAAAUGCUAUUGGAUUAGGGUUUCCAUCAGGAGUAAUGGGUUGCGAGGUUGACAAUUAUGAUUAUCGAAAUGGGUUCAACCCUAAUUCACUUCUUUCAAGCCUUCCUGUCUUUGGAUCUUCAAUUUCUACCUCUACUUCAACAAUGGCUUCUAGCCGAAAACUUAUCUCUGGUAAUUUUCAGGGAUUACAACCUUAUGAAGAUCUGAAUAUGCCAGGGAACAGUGAAGGAAGAAAGGUUAUGAGGGAAGUGAAAAUAGAGGAAGACAGAAACAGGUUGGAUUGGAACAUUCAUAGCCAGAAUCAGAUCGAACAGAUCAGCUCUGAUCCUUCUCUUUCUUGGAACAUGAGUGUAGGUGCUUGGCUUGAUCCUACAAACCUUGGCUCUUCUGUCCCUUCUCAGAUCUAGCAAAACCAUACUAUCUUUGAUCUUCUUUUUUUAUUUCACCUGGUCUUUCUAGCUUAGUUUACUUUCCAUUGGCUUUACUUCUAUUGAGUCAAAUCGGACAUCUGUUAUCAUCCGUUAAGCAAAAUAUUGGUUAAAUUGGGAAGGCAAUACUAAGAGUUGAAUUCAGAACGUCUGAGUUAAUAGUUCGUCAUCCUAAACUAGUAUAAUAGUCAUGCGGACUAGUUUUCGGUUGCUUUACUUCUCUUUGUAGGAAUGGAAUUAUCAAAAGAACAGCAAAAAAUCAAUGUUGAAGGAUUGGUGGUAGGAGUUUGGAUCGGAGGAUCAUGUCAGCUGC